CAGUAUCAUCCGUCUUACAAAAGUAAUACAAACUGAUCUAGCUCUCUUCUACAAAUUCUAGCAAAGCUGCAAGUUGAGGACAACGCGUUUUCGGCGCCUUCACGUAGCUCACACCGUUUUCUUGCAUGAGAUCAUAUCGCCAAAGCGCUAGGGUAUACUGAUUGAAAACAUCUUGGACGCAUCGUUAAGGACUUUUUAGGGCAAUCCUCGGUUUACGCUCCUGUGACAUCUGCCCAUUCAUGGCCGUGGCUGGAAGUGGGUAACAACCGCGGCUUGGUAAUGGCGGAUACAGACUUAGAGGAGGCGGCGAUCACCGAGCUUCGAUUACGCCAGGCGAAGGAACUACGCAACGUAACUCUCUUUAAGUCGCCCUUACGGACCACCUACUAUCUUCUGCGAUACACUGCGGAGGGGUUAUAUGCCGGAUCAAAGUGGGUUGCGGGCCAUCCAGUCACAUUGCUUGUCAUCGUGCCGGCACUGCUUGCCUACUCCUUCACAAAGUAUGGAGGAUAUAAACAGGAAGUGCUCACGGAAAUUGAGGAGCUGAUCAAGUAUGUGGUGUGGUGGGUGGGGCUGGGUGUGCUGUCCUCCAUCGGAUUGGGCACGGGCAUGCACACCGGCCUGCUCUUCCUCUUCCCGCACAUACUCAAGGUCUGCCUGGCCGCGGAGACGUGCGGCCACGUGCGCUUCUCCACGCGGCAGGACAUGUGGUACAGCUCGGAGAGCUUCAAGUGCGGCGAGUGGGGGCCGCAGGAGGUCACGUUCGGGGACCUGGUGGCGAAGGUUAUCGUCACGGCGGUGCUGUGGGGUAUCGGUACGGCAAUCGGGGAGAUCCCGCCGUACUGGCUGUCGUACUCUGCUGCGGUGGCGGGCCGUAAGAACGAGGCCAUGUUGGAGCUGGAGGAGGCCCUGAGCGCCAGCCCCGCCCAGCACCGCAACCUGCUGCAGCGCAUCAUCGCGCGUCUGGAGCAGUGGAUGGUGGGGUUCAUCCGGGGGCACGGCUUCUGGGGUAUCCUGGCGCUCGCCUCCUGGCCCAACGCCGCGUUCGACCUGUGCGGUCUGGUGUGCGGCAACUUCCGGUUUCCCUUUUGGAAGUUCUUCGGAGCCACGCUGCUGGGCAAGGGGGGGUUCAAGGUGCUGGGGCAGGUGGUGUUUUUCGUGUCGUUAUUCCGUCGGAACAGUCGUGAGGCGCUGCUCGCAUGGCUGGAGGGACUUGAGGGCUGGCUGCACCCCAGCCUGCCGGCGGGGCUGGCCAGCUGGCUGGGGACAGGAGGGGGCGCGGCAGCAGGCGGGGCGGCUGCAGCGGCUGCGGGAGUGACCCAUGGGUCGUCCUUGACGCACAACCUGCACCUCUUCAUCAACCGCUCCAUCGCAGACUACCAGGAACGGGUCCUGGCCAAGAGUGCGGCCCACUUGGCGGAGCGGCGCUGGUGGUGGCACCGAGCCGCUGCAGUGCUGCGAUCCCGGGAGGCGCUGUGGCGGGAGGUGGGGCGGGCGGCGGCGGCGCUGCUGCCGGACACGGUGGCGGAGGUGUGGGCGGGCGUCAUGGCGGCACUGAUGGCGGUGUUUGCGGUGUCUUGUGUGAACGCGUUUGCGCAGGCCUACCGCACGCAGCUCGACGAGGCGGAGGUGGCGGCCACUCGGCAGCAGCUGCGGCAGCGGCGACUGGCGCGGGAGAGGAAGCAGCAGGCGGGCAGGCAAGCAGGAAGCAGGGGAGGAAAGCGCUGGACUUGGAAUGAGGGAGAUUCAGUUGCAAGGCUGGGCGGUGCGAGGCUGGGCGGUUUAUAGGAAGGUUGGCGAGGAGAUGGAGGAGGGAGCGGUUGUAGACAGCUGGUUUAGAUGAGCUCGGCGUGGCACCGGUAACUGUCAGUCAUCAUGUAGUCAGCAGCUGUGUAGGUGUAGGUGUAGGGUGCGUGUACGGUAGUAGGGUUCCUUUGUCUCUCGCGCGCGAGUAGGUCGGCGAGUCGUUACGGUUAGGGCGGUUUAGGAGAGGCGGUUAGGAGAGCAGAGGAGCUGGCUGGCUAGGUAGCUUGUAGGUCGCGUUCGCACGCGUGAAGACAGGGAAGCAAGCAAGCGAGCAAAAGGGAGAGGCACCUACUGGCAUGUGCAUUACCCCUACUAGGGCAGCCGACUUCGGACUGGAAGGAGAAAGAGGAGGAGUAGCGCGGCCCCGGGUGAGCCCCACUGCACGUAUUCUGAGCUCUUUGAGCUGAGUGUGCGUGUUACUCAUGAAGCCUUGAAAUCAUGUCAUGAUACAUGCAUGGGGGGUUGACUAACCGUUAUCGGUUAUCGGAAGCUGCUGCUGCUGCUGCAUGAGGCCCUGGAGUGGCACCAGGGGAUUUCAAGGUGUUGUGCUGCCCUUUGCUCUUGGCAGUGGCGGUGGGCGGUCUCGGGCGGUGGGCGCAACGGCGGUAAGCGGAGUGGUGGUGA